UAACUUUGAAAAGAAUUCAAAUUUCAAAUUCUAAUUAAAUUGAAUUUGAAAUUCAUUCCUAAUGAGAUUGAUUUAUUUUUGGAAACUCUCAAAUCCUCUCAAAUCUGAAAUUGAUUAGAGAUUUCUCUCUAAUUCUCUUUCCACAAUUAGCAACCUAAGUUUGGAAGGAAUCAUAAAUUCCCUAAUUAACUCCCAAUGCAUGGCCGGCCCACCCUAUCUCCCCUAUCUAAUUAAUUCCCUUAAUCUUUCUCAAAUCCAGCCGUCACCUUUCCCUAUCCCCUAGCUAACUUAAUUGCCCCUCCAAGCAAACCCUAGCCGUCAGAAACCUGUUCCCAACAGCUGUCCAGAAAUUUUGCAUUAAGAAAUACGGCCCAGAAAAUUCCGAACAGCAAAUUUUGCCACCAACUUCGCUUCGGUUUACCAACCAGCAACCCUUUAAGAACGGCAAGGGUUUUCCUAGGCAUUAUAGGUUGCUGCUCAGACUCUUCCAGGUAUCAAAACUGCUAUCCAAGACCUGCAGAUUGCCAAAAUGCUGUCCCAAGACAGCUAGGAGGAGCUAGGGCUGCAAACGAACCGAGCCGAACCGAUUAUUGAAAUCCUUCCCCAGAGAUGAUCCAAGCAAACCACCCAGACUGACUGCAUUUUUGGGAUACAAGGCUGGCAUGACUCAUAUUGUCAGAGAAGUUGAAAAGCCUGGAUCAAAACUCCAUAAAAAGGAGACUUGUGAGGCAGUAACCAUCAUUGAAGCACCUCCAAUGGUGGUUGUCGGUGUUGUCGGGUAUGUGAAGACUUCUCGUGGUCUCCGUUCUUUGAACGCUGUCUGGGCUCAGCAUCUCAGCGAGGAAGUUAAGAGAAGAUUUUAUAAGAACUGGUAUAGAUGCAAAAAGAAGGCAUUUACCAAGUAUGCAAAGAAAUACGAGACUGAUGAGGGUAAAAAGGAGAUCCAGCUACAGUUAGAGAAAAUGAAGAAGCAUGCAUCUGUUGUAAGGGUGCUUGCUCACACUCAGAUUCGAAAGAUGAAGGGCCUUAAACAGAAAAAAUCUCAUCUUAUGGAGAUCCAAGUGAACGGUGGAACAAUAUCCCAGAAGAUUGACUACGCCUACAGUUUUUUUGAAAAACAAGUCCCGGUUGAUGCUGUUUUCCAGAAGGAUGAGAUGAUCGACAUAAUUGGGGUAACCAAGGGAAAGGGCUAUGAAGGUGUUGUAACCCGCUGGGGUGUUACUCGCCUUCCACGAAAGACACACCGUGGUUUAAGAAAGGUUGCUUGCAUUGGUGCUUGGCAUCCAGCUAGGGUUUCAUUUACGGUUGCUAGAGCUGGGCAGAAUGGAUACCAUCAUCGCACAGAACUGAACAAAAAGGUUUACAGGAUUGGAAAGUCUGGAGAUGAUUCUCAUUCAGCUGUGACUGAGUUUGAUCGAACUCAGAAGGACAUCGCACCAAUUGGAGGAUUCCCACAUUAUGGUGUGGUUAAGGAUGAUUAUUUGAUGAUUAAGGGCUGCUGCAUUGGUCCCAAAAAGCGUGUGGUCACUCUAAGGCAGUCUCUGCUGAAGCAGACUUCACGAGUGGCUAUGGAGGAGAUCAAGCUCAAGUUCAUUGAUACCUCCUCCAAGUUUGGCCAUGGCCGUUUCCAGACCACAGAGGAAAAAGCUAAGUUCUAUGGGAAACUCAAGACUUAGGCUUCGUUUGGGACAACUUUCUUCCUGAAUCUUAAAGCAGUUUUUUAGUAUAAAAUUUUUAAUUUUUAUAUUAAAAAGCUGUUUCAUGAAGCAGUAAGAAAGCCGUCCCAAACCAA